AUGCCCAGCGCCAAGGCGUCAUCGUCCUCCUCGGCGGCAGGGUCUAAGCUCACCAAGCUCGAGACGGCGCUCUAUCGAGCUGCUCAAUCAGCACCCGGCGGCAUCAUCACUCAAGACCAGAUCUCGGAACAAUUCAAACAUGAGCAGAUCGAUGACCGGCUUCAAGCCAUCAACGGUCUUCUGCGGAAGAAUCUCUUCACCGCACAAUCUCUCCAGGGUACCAUCCAAUUCGCCGCUACCGCCAGGGCUGAGGCCAGCAUCAUGGGCAAGCUCGACGAGAACGAAACCAUGGUCUACUCGCACAUCAAGGACGCGCGCAACGACGGUAUCUGGACAAAGCAGCUCAAGAACAGGACCAACUUGCACCAGACCAUCAUCAAUCGAUGCCUCAAGUCGCUAGAGCAGAAGCAGCUCGUCAAGGCAGUCAAGUCUGUCAAGUAUCCAACCAGGAAGAUCUACAUGCUGUUCGGUCUCACUCCGUCGAUCGAGCUCUCGGGUGGUCCGUGGUACACCGACAACGAGCUCGAUACCGGCUUCAUCAAUGAGCUGUCCAUGGCCAUCCUAAACUUCAUUCGGUCCAAGUCCUUUCCCAAGAACGGCCAGUCAAGGGCGCUGUUCCCGACCAGCCACACGUCGCAACUCCCAUCAGCCAAAGCUAUCCACUCAUACCUUCGCAACGCCGAGCUCACUGAAACCCAGCUCGAAGUCGAACACGUCGUUUCCCUGCUCGACAUUCUCGUGUACGACGAGCAGAUCGAGAAGAUCCCAGUGCUUUCGCUCAACGGUGGAGGUGGAGGCAUCAACGAAUUUGACGAAGAAGAUCAAAACUACUCGGACUCGGAGCGCUCAACGGACGGCAGUGGAUCGGACAGCGAGUCAGCAAGUGGGUCAGACAGCGAGUCGUCGGCGCAGGAAACAGGGUCAGACAAGGGCCACGGAAAGAAGAAGAUCAAAAAGGAACGCAAAGUUGAUGAUGAUGAAGACGACGACAGCGACGACGAGAAUGCUGGUCCGGUCAAGAGUGGCAAGCGCAAGUCGGGCUCAAAGUCAGAGUCGCGGAAGAAGAGCAAGAAGAGCAAAACAUCUUCGCGGCGGACCAAAUCCAAAGACAAGCGCAGCAGUCGUUCAAGGUCACGCUCUAGGUCCCGCUCUCGCUCCCGCGCCGCCUCCUCAGACGUCGAAAAUGGAUCCGAAUCCGAUGCAUCGUCCUCAUCUUCAGAUCACGGACGCAGACGGUCCAGCAGCAAGAAGAGUCGCUCCAACGGCAAAUCUUCCUCAGGCAUGGGUGACGGUGACUUUGUCCCAUUCGUAUACAGAGCCAUCCGACCACACUCGGUCAAGGUCAGGUGGACGGAAACGCCCUGUGGACACUGUCCCGUCUUUGACUUCUGUGACGAUACCGGCCCUGUCAACGCCGAGACUUGCGAGUACUUUGGAGGCAAGGAGGACGAGCUCGGCAGGAAGGUCAAGAAUGGCUGGAUCGACACGAUCGCAUUCGACGACGACGAGGAGGAGCCAGAGGAGGCCGACGAAGGGGACGAUGUCAAGAUGGUGGAUGAUGCAUGA